AAAGUAAUGAAACUGAUGGAAAACGCAUGAAAACUAUAGUUCAAGCCUUACCAGUGGCUAGUUGCCAGAUAUAUCAUGGCUUCCAAAUAUAAUUAUGUCAUUGUCUCACAAUACGGAGAAAAUUAACUUAUUCGUCAUAAAAUCCUAAUCAUAUCACAAUUAUCUAUGAUUUCGUUAACCAUUAUUAUUCAUAAAGGAAACCCCAAACCAACACAAUCCAAGAACCAGCAACCGAAAAACACGAGUUACACACUACUGAUUUUUCAGUUAUCUCCCUGUAACAAUCAGUCGUGUCAGACCAGUGCCAGACCAGUGUCAGGCUACGGCGCACAACCAACCAACACUCAACGUUUUCGCCUAGACUGCAAACCACAUCAUCGUUAUGGAUAAAUGUCCGGCAAACCGAGGUGCUGCCCCGGCCGAUAUCCCCCUGCCGUCUGCGCUGCCCAGCGGCGAAAACUCCUCCCGAGCGGAGCGGGUGGGCGUGGUGAUUGUGGGAGGGGGCGUGGCAGGGCUGACGGCGGCGAAGACUUUGCUCGACAAAGGCGUGAAGGAUUUCGUGAUUCUGGAGGCUCAAGAUCGGCUGGGAGGGCGCGUCCACACGAUCAGACAAGGUCCAGUGCUGGUGGAGGCGGGGGCGGAGUGGAUCCACGGGGGGCGGAAGAACCCCUUGUACCGCCUCGCCUCCUCCCUGCACGCCGUCGGGAAGGAGGUUGCUGAAGAUGCCUUCGGUGAGUAG